GCAAUGGAGCGUGUAUUGUGUGGUGUCUAUAUAAGACAGUCUAUGCCGUCUCAUCGAGAAUGUUCUGACGCAAGGGAGCCGACAUGUUUCAUCACGUGAUCAGUCCCCCGCCCGAACCUGUAGACGUCUGCUGUGAAAUGAAAAUCAAGAUGGAGGACUGCGAUACUAAAGAACCAGAGCAGCUCAGGAAGCUGUUUAUUGGCGGCCUGAGCUUUGAAACAACAGAGGAGAGUUUACGGGCCCAUUUUGAGCAAUGGGGUACACUGACAGACUGUGUGGUGAUGAGAGAGCCGGGCAGCAAGCGGUCAAGAGGUUUUGGGUUUGUGACCUAUUCUUCAGUGUUUGAGGUUGACGACGCCAUGAAAGCACGGCCUCAUAAAGUUGACGACCGAGUUGUUGAACCCAAGAGGGCAGUGUCCAGAGAGGACUCCAACAAACCAGGCGCUCACAUGACAGUGAAGAAGAUCUUUGUGGGCGGCAUCAAGGAGGACACAGAAGAGUACCACAUUCAGGACUAUUUCCAGAAAUACGGGAAGAUCGAAUGCAUUGACAUCAUGGAAGAGCGCUCCACGGGCAAGAAGAGAGGGUUCUGCUUUGUCACAUUUGAUGAUCAUGACGUUGUGGACAAAAUUGUUGCUCAGAAAUACCACACUAUCAACUUGCACAAUUGUGAAGUCAGGAAAGCCCUCUCUAAGCAAGAAAUGAACGUGAUGUCCAAUAACAGGGGAAGGAGUGGAGGUUCUGGUAACUUCAUGGGCAGAAGUAAUAAUUUUGGAGGCGGUGGCAACUAUGGUCGAGGUAACUAUGGUGGAGGACGAGGGGGUUAUGAUGAUUAUGAUGGUCCUGGUGGAAGUUAUGGUGGUGGACCAGGAGGUUACGGAGGUCGAUCAAACUACGGAGGCGGGAGCCCUGGCUACGGCAAUCAAGGUGGUGGAUUUGGUGGUGGCUGCGAUGGAGGGUACAGAGGAAAUAGCGGAGGUUAUGGAGGGGGUGGAAAUUACAAUGACUUUGGAAACUACGGAGGUGGUCAGUCCAACUACGGGCCCAUGAAGGGAAACAAUUUCGGGGGCAGAAACUCAGGUGGACCCUAUGGAGGCGGCUACGGCUCUGGCGGAAGUGGCGGUGGCGGAUAUGGCUCACGUCGCUAUUAAAUAUCAUGUCGAUGUGGAAAGAGGCAAUCUUGCUGAAAAUCUGUAAAGGCACGAUAACAUGGAAGGGUCUGGAUGGGUAAGACUUUUUUUUUUCCAAAUAUUAUCCAAGGUUGAACAUGUUUUGUAACUGCACUUGGUGACAAGUACAACCUGAAAAUGUUUUACUCGCAGUUAUGUAUGCUAGACUAUUUCUGAUAUUGUUCAGAUACACGUGGUCCUCAGGUUACGGUGUACCGACUUUUGUUUCAUGGUUACAUCCAUGAAUCGAGACUUGCUGGAGAACUAGUUACAGCAUAAGAAUAGACUAUGCCACUCAUGCACAACUCCACUACGCUUAAGUAGGCAUGGGCUCUUUACCAGUUUCAAGGUACUAUACCGUGGUAUGAAAUAGUCAUGGUUUCAAAACUGAUAAAAUAGUCACAUGGAGGCCCUGCACGGUCACUGUGGAAAUACUAAAUGUCAUGCCGUUAGUCCUCUCAUUUGGAACGGGGCUUUGAUGUGCUGAAAUCACGAGCAUGAGAUGUGUUGCCGAAAGUCUGCAACAUAACCGUCGUGGCGUUUCAACGUUAGCAUCACAAACGGCGCCAGUGUGGAUAUGACCUUGUGGAGUUUUGCGUCCCGAAGCGUGUGGAUUUAGUGUGUAUUUCACAUGGCUUUGCAGCUAUCCAACUAACAUAACAGUACGUUUUUAGCAUGUUAACGUAAACAUCAUAACCUAAUCGCCGCAAAUGUCAUUUAAUCGCGUGUAUUGACACUACACGUUGCAAGUUAAAAUGACAAAUACUCUAAUGUAGCAAUAAGUGAAAACAUUGUACUCACGUGAAAGAUUCCUUCACAGGGAAACAUAUUUAAAAGACUUACACCAUUCACAACACGUUUCUUUGUAUAUGCAGGCAAAGUAGGGAGGUGGUAUAAACCGGUUUACCUUCCACUGAACCAACAACAGUUGCGAGUAAAACAAUUACCCCACCUGGAAACUGAAGUCAAAACUUGUCUUGUGACAGGAGUCAAAGGAUUAGCCACCGUAGACUGUUUGAAGAACUGCAUUUUAUUUGCUGUAGAGUAAAAAAAAGUCCUUUUUUUUUUGGAAAAUUUGUUCGAGGAAAAUUUUGUAAUAUGGUGGUAAAGGCAUAAUAUUAUGGGCGAGGAAAUAUCUUAGUAAUAUAAUAUUUAAGGUUGAAAUGGGUGGAACAUAUUAAAAAAAACUAAACAAAUUCUGCAAAAACAAUAACCUAUACAGUAAACAAAAUGUGGAAUUGCAGUAAACAUUUAACCAUUUUUAUGCAAAAAAAACAAUUAAAUUAAAUAUGCAUAUUUUUGGACUAAUACGCCAUUCAACUACGAACUGGCAUGAUUUACUAAUAUUUUUGAAAAGCCGUGAUGUGUGCAAAAUGGCAAGGGAUUACUGUAUUUUGCACAAUUCUGAAGCUUCUUGGUAGCGUCAACCUUCUGAUCAACUGUAAGGAUGUUUGGUCAUGCAACUGUCAACUUUUAAAGGAUUCUAAAAAUAGCUGUACUUUAUCUCUUGAGGACAGAUUCAUUUCCAGCUUUAAACAAAAAUACCAGUUGGCCAGGUUAUGCAGCAUGUUAAACCUUAGUGUAGGUAGUUUAUCUUCUGAAAGGUAACUAUUAACAUAACCUUUUCAAAGAAGGCGACGUGACUCAGUAGUUACUGUUAAUAGCUGGCCCUGUUAACAUAAAGGCACUAAUUAGCUCACUUUCUUAUGAGACCAGCAGCUGUCAGACCAGGACAAUACAGGCAAACCGUUUUUUAUUAAAAAUGCUUUUAAUAAAUUAAGUAUUCUAACCAAAUACGGCGUGGUCGGUCGAGUCAACUUUAAAAAAAAAAAAAAAAAAUGUAAAUCUGUCAUUUCAGUUAUGAGGUCUAAUUGCAUUUAACAGACAUUUUAACAGACAUACAAAAACGGCCACUUUGAUUGGCGCCGCUUCAUUCAGCCUCGGCACAAGAUAAACAAUGACUCGUCAAAACGCCACCGUUGGCGCUGUCCAUUUACGGUAAUGUUGCUGUAUUCAAAGAAGAUUGGAUGAAAUCCCGAGACAUUUCAUAGUCUUGCUUCCAAUACUGGACAAAGUGGUACUGACAUUAGUUCCUCAGAGUUUAUGGGAACCAUGCAUUUAUUAUAUGGAUAUAUUUGACGUCAUUCACGCAUUUCCAGUUGUCGUAUGUUGCGUACUUGAGUGAAAUUGUAACGAAAAUGUAGGCUACUGCAGUUCACCUUUUGUGUGCCACACCCAAUGGCACAGAAUAACACCCAAAUGUAUUCACGCCCAAGCUUGAACCGCCGCUUUCAUCUGCUACCUUCAUUAUGUCCGACGUGGAAGGUCAGAUUUCAUAGCCGUUUGACGGCCUUGUUUUCACCUGUUUCAUGUCUUUUAUUCAACACCCCACGCAAAUCAUUUCAGCGGCAUGCGUCGUACUUGUCUUUUAAUCUGCCUAAUAGACAGACAGAGUUUGUACGUGGCGGUGUUGACACACAGAAAUCUAAAGAGCCAAAACAACCCAGCAAUUAGACAUUACAUAAACCGCAUCAAGGUGCGGCUCAAACGUUUACUUUGCAAUAUGUCAAGUAUGAUGUGGCCUGGAAUAAAGAAGAAUUUUCCAAUCAUUAAGUCUUAUUACUGCUUGUAAAGUCAAUAACAGAUAUUUUCUUUGUUUUCAAAAGUAUUUUUAUUUUUUUCAUUUUCAUUAUCAGUGUCUUAUUUGGUCACAGACGCGCGCACACGCAGAAUGUGGGCUUGGCGGGUAAAGGUAAUGUUUGUGUGUGAAAGUGCAUGUAGGGCAAAUAGUCAUUGUGCAAAAGCUUUGCUUUUAAGAACGCCACCCCACGGUGGAGGCCAUUGUGGGGUUUGUCAUGCGGGUUCACAUUGGGCAUUCUUCUAUACUGCCUGUCAACAAUUGUGGCUUUUGUUGUGCAACACAACACGCAGCAUGUGUGACUUCAGUGACGUGUAUUAAAAGAUUUAGGUUACUGUACAAACAGUGCUGCUAAUUACGGCAAGCUGAUUGGGUGAAAUGGUUUAAAGCCGAUAAAGGUGUGGGUUUUUUUUAUAUACAUACAUAUUGCGACACAAAGUUCCAUUAAGACCAAGACUAAGUUGAACAUGUGGUAGCUUAUGUAAUAGUACUUUUUACACCAGGGGUGUCCAAAGUAUGGCCAUGUUGUUUUAAUAGCCCGUGGCACAUUCCAAAAAUAUUAACCGCAAAAUGGACAAAUCUGCAGUAACUCUACAAGAAUGAAGUAAAAAUAUUAAGAGGAAAAAAAGUAAUUGUACAAGAAUAAUGUAAUGCUGUAUGUUUUGAGGAAAACACAUUUUAGUAGUAUUAAAGUGAUUUUUAGAAAAUUAUGAUGGGGCAAAAGCUAUAUGGGAAUAUAGUAAAGAGUUCACUCAUUAUGACUUUUAGCCUGCAAUUGACUGACCACCAGUCCAGGAUGUACCCCCCUUCCUCUCGAGCAUGCUCCAGCUUAUACCCCCUCAACCCUGGUGAGGAUGAACGACAGCAAAAAUUAAAGAUGAAUAUUUGAGGUAAUAUUUAAUGUGAUUUUUGUUUAAGCUAAAUGUGUGUGGAGGUGUGAUGUUACGAAAAUAAAGAACCCGGGGAGCCAAAACUGAAGUUCAUACUGAUGCUCCUCCCCGCCUCCAUUACAUGGCAUCACUGGAAAAACUUUAGACACCCCAUCUUGAGUGUACUUGAGUGUACUGUGUAUACAUAUGGCAUCCAUCUGUUUCAGGUCCUACACAGGUGGGCUGUAAAGCUUUAGGAAGGGUUUAUUGAAAAGCACAAAGAACCUGCGCAGCAAAUCAUAGGGUCUAGUUAUAAAACAAAUAUCUAUACAGUAUAUUUACACUUACAGUAACAUUUGCAUUCAUCUCAAAUGUAUGUAAUGGCUAUGUACAGAGAAUGGGGUAUAGCAUAUGAAGAGUACAAAAGAGAUAAAAAUAUUACAACAGGAAGAAGAAAGAAACUAUACAAUAGUUCUAGUGCUGCGUAAAGCUGAGGAAGUUAUUGCAUAGUGCUUCUACAUGAACGCAGUACCGCGCCACCGAAAGGUCUGAAGACGUGGUCUUAGCUCUUGAUAAAAGUCUUUUUAGUGCGAGGGACGAGGAAGACGCUGCCUUCGGAGGACUGCUGCAGCGAGAAGUCUGACGGGGAGAUGGCGUUGCCGGACUCGUCUCGCAGCAUGCCGAACACCUCCAGGUAGAGGCUGUUCAGCUGCCUCUUCAUUUCUCGGAGGCCGCUCAUGUUGCGUAGCUUCUCGCUCAGCAGGCGCUCCUUCUCCUCCUUGAGCGAGUCAAGGUCGUGCUCCAGCCCCACGAUGUUCUCCAUUUUGCGUUUGCGGCAGUUUUGGGCCGCCACUUUGUUCUUGCCGCGGCGGCGGAUGUCUCUGACCAGAGCCAGCUGGGCUUCGUUCAGCUGGUUCUUGGACAUCAGCUCGUUGAAGUCGUCGACAGGAAGGUUUGUGAUCAUGUCGACGGUGAAGGGGAUCUUGAGGGCCUUGGCCCUCUGCUCGUCUCUGGAGAGACGCACAUCUGAGCUUCUCUUGCGCUUGUCUUUGGUGAAAGGGGCGGAGCUGUGGCCGCUCUCCUCGGCCGGCUCCAUCUUCUCCAGUUUGGGGAGCUUGACCUUUUGGCUCUGAGGCUGGCCCACUAACAUGGACAGAGGCACGACAUGCUGAACGUCGUCAGGUUGGAAAUUCAAGGAGAACAUCUCAGAGUAGUCGGAUUCUGCACUGCCGGGGUUCUGGUCCAUGUCUUCCAGGUCUGAAUCACUGUAACCAAAGCCCUCAUCUCCAUAAAGAGAUUUCCCAGGUGAGAAAGUGCGAGGACUCGUACUUGAAGACAAUCCAGAGUCCACAUCCGGCACUUCUGAAGACGUGUGUCUGCCUCGUUCAAAUGUGUCGCCAGGGGACAGGCUGUACAGGUUUUGGACAUCAGACAUGAUGUUGCACUCCUCUCUCUCCACAUCUGGCUGACCGGCGCUCUCCUCCAACAUGGCGGCGGGGUAAAAACUACUGCCAAAACUAUUUAGGCUGAAAUUGGUGUUCAACGGGGGAGCUUCUGCCUUGAUUUGGCUCAGGUUGUCCGGUGGCGGCACGGUGGGAACUGAGCCAUCAAAUGUGUGAAUAAAAUCAUUUAAAGUGUUUUUUUCCUUGUCGGCAAGACUGGGCAUUGGGUAAAAGGUGUAGUUUGGCUCCUGUGCUUCGGCCACUGGAUAGCUUGCAAUCUCCAGCGUGUCCUCCAUUUGCUGGCUCAGACACUGCUGGGGGGUGGGAAAAAGAUGGGAUCAAAACACAUUUUAUUAAAUUUGGUAAAGAGAGAAAAAAUUAUUUAUUGCACAGUUCACAAAAAAUAUUAAAUAUUGUCCAUGUUUUGUUUUUUAUUAAUUUUUAAUAUUUUUUCCAUGUGAAUAAAACGUACAUUAUUUUUCAUAACUUAACAUUGUACCUAUCUUGGAGUCGGCGGCAGGAUUAGAUGUAGGAUGUAGAUUUUUGCAGACAUAAAAUGAUUCUUUGUAUUGCACAGUGCAUGAUGUAUAUUUAUUUUGAAACAAAUUCCUAUUUUUUCCCUCUGAAAAUAGGCAAUUUUUUUCCAUAGACAAAACAUUUAAUUCACCAUAAGUUGGUCAUUUAUAAAAAUGUGAUAAUACAGGAUACUAACUGGAUACUAAGUGGGCCCUGAACACACCACAGCUGUGUGCUGAGACUAACUGAAGCUUGGUUGGUCAAUCUAUAUACAACUAUACUAUAUAGCUACUACUACUACUACUAUAUACUUAAAAUGUGUUUUUCGGGCUUAAACCUGUAUUGUGUUAUGGGUGAGGGUUAUGGAGCCAACAGUGAUUUUGUUGAAAAUGCUGAUCCCAAAUUGUAGGAGAAUGUCAACAUCAAGCAAGUGUCAAAAAUAGGCAUUUCUAUGGGCCUAUCAGUUACUUGGGAGCUUUUUUUUGCCAUUCGCAUUUCUUGUUUUUGUUUUUUUUUUUUUUUUUAAAAAGGUGGGUCAAGUUAUCAUCUUUUAAGCAGCAGCAAAGGGUAAACGAGGCUGUCGGCACAAGUGACUGAUCUGCAAACAACCUGGCAAAGCCUCACCCAUUACCUCGAGCUGUUAUCCCGCACUUUGGUAAUUUCUUACAAAAAAGAAACGGUUAAAGAUUGCCACACUACUGUUGCACUGCCAAUAUCAAGCUAGAAAUAUGCAUGCCAAAAUCUUAUGCAACUGGAGGUAGGUGUGUGUGUGUGUGUGUGUACGUGCGGCCUGUGCACACACACACACGACCCAAGGCCAAAGAUCAUACCUGCAGCUCAGGAAGAGACAGCAGCUCCAUCCAAGCCUGCUCCAUAUCAAGCGACAUCCUCUGCGGCUGGGGUGCAGGAGACAGUGUGAGUGAGGGCAAAGAUGGCUGCUCGGGGGACAUCAUGACGACGCUUCGGCUGCUGCUG